AUGAGUAUAGGGUUCGACUACGCCCAUACUAAUCUUGCUCGUUAUCUGUUCCAACGUAUCUACAACCGCGAGAUUGGCACCUACAUUUCCGCUGGACACAUGCGAUUGCUGCAUCGGAUAUUGUCGGACACUGGCUUCGACAAGGGAAUUGUUCACUUGAAUAUGCGCAACCUCACCGGGACUGAACGAUUGUCUCUACCUGGAGUGUGGCCAUACCUAGAUCACACAAGUUUUCAGAAACUCAACUUCGUAGAUGUGGACCACGCGCAUCUGGUGGAUAACAUCAGGGCGCCUUCGACAAUGAGACUCGAUCCGAAGUAUGAGCGUCUCAACUCACGCCCAAUAUGUUGGAACAUCACCGAACUCCGGCUCGUCGGCUGCAAGACAGAUUCCAGCUGCGCAGCUGAUUACCAGACCUUCUGUCUCCUCGCCAAGUCUCGCUUUCCUCACCUGACCCGGCUCGACCUCAUCGGAUACGCCGUCACCAGCGAACAGCUCAUACCCUUCCUCCGCAGAGUUAAUUCUACAACGCGGGAAGUGUUCUUGGCUAGCAUCCAUCUCACUUCUGGUAGUUGGAAGACGGUUCUUCGAGAAAUUCGCGCUUUCAAGCGACUGCGUGAGACCAAAUUCAAGACUCUAUCGGAGAUGAAACAACAGUAUUGGAAUGGACGCUUUGCGAAACUUGUAGUGAUCGCAUGA